CCAAGAGGCGAGAGGCGCUCUUCCCACCACAUCAAUCCGCGCAUUGCGAUCAUUCCCUCGCCGCUUCCGCAAUCGCCGGUCUCGGACAGCCACUGCGGCAGGCAGCGCGAGCGUGAGGCGGGCAGCGAGCAAGCGGGCGGGAGAGGCAGUUAGCGAGUGACCCAGGCAGGCAGCGAGCCAGAGCCAGUGAGUGGGGCGGCGAUGGAGCAUUCGGGGCGCGCGGGCCACAACGACCCCAUCGUGCGCCAGGUCGGCUUCUUCGCGCCCUCCGCCGCACUCCCCGCCGGCCAAUCCGCCCGCGACCCCUCCGCCUCCUCCUCUUCCGCAGCCGACACCGACGGGCUGCCGCCCCUGCCGUUCCUCGCAACGGCGUCCCCGUCGCCGCCUUUCGUGCCGUCCGUGCCGCCGAUGCCGUCGCUGCCGAUCAACGUGCCGCUGCCGUCCUACCAGCGCCCCUCGCCCAUCAUGGAGGGCAGCGAGUGCUCCGAUAGUCUCCCGCCUGAUGAUUCCUACCUAUCGUCGUCCGCCACGUCAGCAGCACCAUCCGGCGCGGUGUUCGGAUCCGUGUCUGACGUCAGCGGACCGAUCGUCUCCGCCGCGGCUGUAGCUCGCGCGGGUGCGGCGGCGGCGCAGGGGGAAGGGGCGGAUGGCGCAAAACCCAGCCGCGGGGGGCAGGCGGGCGCUCCUGCGCGGGGGACAGGCGCCUCGGGGGGAGCGGCAGGCGGAGCAGUGGCGGGGGCAGCGGGCGCGGGGAGAUCCCCCGCGAACAGCAGCAGCAGCGCGGGGGGCAGUCCGCAGAGUGCGGGGAGUCUGGGAGUGAGGGGCGCCGCUAAAGCUGCGUCUGCUGUGGUGCCCGCCUCCCUGCCGGCGGCGAUGGACGGCAGGGCGGGCGGCAAGAAGGUGACGUCCAAGGCAGAGAGGCGCGCGCUGCAGGAGGCGCAGAGGGCUGCCAAGGCCGCUGCCAGUGCUGGGGGUGCUGCUGCUGGUGGUAAAGUUGCAACCUCUGCUACAGGCGGAGGGGGAGGGGAGGGGGAUGGGCGCAGCAGCAGUGGCAGCAUGGCUGGCGCACAGAAGGGGGGAGGGGGUGGCGGGGGAAAGGGAGGGGGGCGGGGAGGGGAGGAGGGGCAGCACAAGUCGAGCUCGUUGCGGGGCGGGUGGCAGCAGCUGAUGGCUGACGUGGCGGCCGUGGAUUCAUCCCUGCGAGUGGACCUGUUUCGGCAUCUGCCACAGUUUGACCGCGCGGCUCAGAUCCGCCUCGUGGAGGCACGGCUGCUGGACGAGGAGGAGAGCCCCUGCAGAUCCACCCCGGCGUGUACGAGGCGGGCAUGCGCUUCCUCCAACAGGAUCAGCGCCUGCAGGGCGGCAACGAGCGCUGCCUGGCGAUGCUACAAGCCCUGCGCCUGCUCUUCCUCGACUACCGCCUCCCCGAGGGUCGCCCCCUCAUCCGCGACCUCACCGCCAAGCUCAAUGCGCACGUGGGCUUCUUGAUUGCGUGCCGCCAGCUGUCCGUCGGCAUGGGGAACGCCGUGAGGGCGCUCAAGCAGUGCCUGACGAGGAUGGGCGCUGACCCGGCCGUGCAGGAGGGCGCCGCAAGGACGGCGCUGGUGGCGGAGAUCGACCGGUUUGUUGCUGAGAAGCUGGUGUACGCGGGGCUGGAGGUGGUGCGGCACGCCGCUGGGAAGAUAAGGAGGGAGGCGACGUGAUCCUCACGUUUGGGUGGUCGGAGCUUGUGCUGCAGGUGCUCCUCUCAGCUGCCAGUGCGGGCCAUGUGUUCCGGGCCAUAGUGGUCGACUCCCGCCCGCACCUGGAGGGCAAGGAGAUGGUGCGCCGCCUGCUGGCGGGCGGCAUUUCCUGUCUCUAUCUGCGGCUUAACGCUGCCUCGUACAUUAUGAAGGACGUGACACGUGUAUUCCUGGGAGCAGCAGCAGUGCUGGCGAACGGGGCGGCAUAUGCGCGGGUGGGCACGGCAGCGGUGGCCAUGAUGGCGCAUGCGCAGCGCGUGCCGGUGCUGGUGUGCUGCGAGUCCAGCAAGUUCCAUGAGCGCGUGCAGCUCGACUCCAUCACUCACAACGAGAUCGGCGAUCCACAGGUGCUGGUCAACACGGGCCUCUCCCCAUCGCUCUCAUCAGACGCACCCGAGGCAGUAGACGCAGCAGAACCAUCUCCCAUGCAGGCACUGGCAGAGCACGCCCACGCUCCGGCCCCUCAACAUCCUGUUCGACCUCACCCCAGCAGACUACAUCACCGGCAUCGUCACAGAGAUUGGCGUGGUGCCCACGUCGAGUGUGCCUGUCAUCCUGCGUGAAUGCCGCAAUCAGCUGUACUAGAUGCACGGGAUGGAUCAUGUGGCUCCAUGUGAUACCAUCGACAUGCGUUGUUCCAGUAUGGCCGGCUGGCUAUUUCCACAAGAGAUAGUUGUGUUAGAGUACAGGGGAGGGGACGUGGCAAACAGUCUAAGAUGGUAACCAGUAGAGAUAUUUUAUCAGCGCAGUUUCAGUUCAGUAUGGGUCUUAGAAGAGAAGUGAGUUGUAGUAUUGAGGGAUAUUCAGAAGACAUUUUAAUGCAG